GCAGAUUGUAAUAAAAUCGUGAAAGAUGAAAGAAGUGGAGAAACGCGGGAAGAGUUACCGAAGAGAUCGAGAAGAAUGGCGCAAACCCGAAGGGAAGCCCUCUGCCCCUGAAGCCGUAUCCAUUUCGCGCGAUGAAACGCAUGCGGAGGAACCUGUUGACAAUGAAGCUGAUGAUGACCAGCGGGCUUCUGAGCUUGCAAAAAAAAUUGAAGAUGAGCAGCUGAUUUCGGAAGAAGAGAGGAAAUUUGUCACGGAUUAUUUAGCAGACGACGCAGUUCGCCUUGAAAUCAGGGAAUCCACUCGACAGCGGAACUCAAUUGCUGCGGAAUUGCGACCAGAAGAAUCAGAUUUCCGCAAAUUGGAUUCUAGUCUGAAAAAGAAUAAUGCUUUUAUUCGAAAACUCCGUAAUUUCACGGAGCAGCAGUGUCCCAGCAUCAAGAAUGAAAUGAAGUCCUUGAAUCUAACGAAGUACGUGAGUGAAGUUGCACUCGCGCUGGUGGAAGCAAAGCUAAAGUUGACAGACGUUCCCUCGGCAGUUAGUCUUGCGUCAGAAAUUCACCAAACCUACGCCGAAUUUUCCAUGCAUUUUUACGAAGACUGGGUGAAAGUGCUUGCCAUUAAGAAGGAAGACAAAAGUGUUUCAAACCCGUCCAAGCUGAGAGUAGACUUGCGUUUUUUCGCUGAUCUUGUUUCGCACGGACUUUUCUCGCUGAAAUCCGGUCUGCAAAUCCUAGGAAUGGUUCUAACGAUGCUCGUCAACAUGGACAAGGAUACAAAAUCGUACAGUAACAUUUCCAUUAUUUUAUCAUUUUGCAAAUACUGUGGUCGGGAUUAUGCCGGCCUUGUGCCGAAAAAAGUGAAAGCUUUGAGCAAAAAGCACAAUAUCGACAUCAGUGCCGCCAUGACCAACCACUUCCUGCCAGCUGACAAGCAAAGGAAUCUUCGAAAUCUGCUAAAGGAAUAUUAUUCAGCAUUAGCAAAGCAUCUCGUUGAGAGUAAAAAAGAGUUGAAUGCUUUCGAGAAAACUACCAGAAAGAUCCUCAUGACUCGUGGAGAAGUUCCGAAAGAUCGUCUUGAGAAGGGGGAGGCCAUGAGAGCUUCGCAGUCUAAAGUGAUGACCAAUGUUCAGCAGUUGGCUGAAGUUUUGGAGGAAGAAAUUCCCGUUUUGCCUGCUGCCUCGUUUGAUGAUGAAGAAGAAAUGCACGUUGAGUUUUCUGUUCCACUCUCUGAUAUGGGCAAGGAGGACGGCAGGGACGGUCUGUGGGAUGAUGAAGAUGCACGGAGCUUUUAUGAAGAUCUCGUGGAUUUGAGAACUCUCGUCCCGUCUAUUCUAUAUAAAGAUUCAGAAAAAGCUACGUCUACGAUGCCCGACAUCGAAGAGGACAAUUUGGAUGACGAAAUGAUCGCCCAAAUGGAACUCGAAUCAAACGUUGUUCCGGACGAGGACACAUCAGCAACUGGGCUGAAAACAGAAGGAACGAACGACUCAGACGCAGGCAAUAAGCCUUCCGAAGACGAUGAAGAGUUGGCUGAAAAGGCAGACGUUGAUGCGGCAUCAACGAAAAACCCGAAAUCGAAGGCCGUGCGACCUAAUGCCGCGAGUAAAAUGCUGCUGGAUGCAUUCCUCACGUCGUUGCCAAACUGCAUUAGCCGGGAAUUGAUGGAUAAAGCUGCGACUAAGUUUUGCAUGGAGUUGAAUACAAAGAACAACCGGAGGAAGCUCGUUAAAGCCCUGUUUUCUGUCCCCCGAACAAGGCAGGACUUACUGCCUUUUUAUGCCCGGCUGGUGGCAACAUUGCAUCCCUGCAUGCCGGAUGUUGCCAUUGAUCUGGUACAUAUGUUGAAGCAAGAGUUUCGUUUCCAAUUACGAAAGAAGGAUCAAAUCAACAUCGAAACCAAGGUGAAAGUUGUGAGAUUCAUUGGGGAGUUGGUCAAGUUCCAAAUGUAUCCGAAGUCAGAAGCUUUGCUGUGUUUUCGGAUACUCCUGUACGAGUUCAUGCAUCACAACAUUGAAAUGGCCUGCAACUUUUUGGAAACUGCCGGAAGAUAUCUAUUCCGUUCUCCCGAUUCGCAUCCUCGAAUGAAGCUGUUCAUGGAGCAGUUGAUGAGGAAGAAAACUGUACAAUCUUUGGACUCGCGAUACGAAACAAUGGUGGAGAACGCCUAUUAUUUUGUGAAUCCACCUGACUUACCAGCUAUAUCCGCGCAGGAAAUUGAGCAACUUCCUCCUCAACUCUUAUGGAUGAAAUCAUUAAUUCUUGAAACCUUGGAAAGCUCGACGGUGGAGAAAGUUUUGCAGAGCAUGCGAAAGCUCGACUGGCAUGAUGCGAGUGUGCGCAAUUUCGCUGUAAAGCUUUUGUCGGAGCCAUUCGCUGUGAAAUUCUAUCAUAUUCGCUUUCUUGCUGCGUUGGUUUGUGGUCUGCUCAACUCUCAGGAAGACGUUGCGCUCAGAGUCGUGGAUCGAAUUUUAGAAGAAAUCAGGUGUGGUCUUGAAGUUAAUGCUUCAACAAAACAUCUCCAACGACGCGUUGCUUCCGUUUCGUAUCUCGGGGAGCUGUACAAAGUUCGGCUUGUGGAUUCAACUGUAAUCUUCAAUACAUUGUAUUCUCUGAUAACAUUUGCGAGCGUUCCGUUUCCAACAUGGAAUCCCUUGGAUCCUCCGGAUAAUUUGUUUCGGAUCAAGCUGAUUUGCCAGUUGUUAUCCGUUUGCGGCAGUUUCUUCGUUGCUGGCUCGACGAAAAGGAAGCUUUCUUGUUUCAUGUUGUACUUCCAGAGGUACUACUGGCACAAGAAGGGGCAUGAUGCCUGGGGUCCGGAUGGCUCGAAGUUCCCUGUAACUCUCACAUUCACCAUUGAAGACUUGUUCAAAGAAUUGAUGCCUCAUACGAAGAUCGCAAAAAAUCUGCAAGAUGCCGAAAAAGCAGUCAACGACCUUGAGUUGGAUCUCAGCAAGCAAAUCGAAGCUGUUCUACCCCCAGGUGUUACCUUGCAGGCUUUCUUUCCUUCACAAGGUGACGGGGAUUUGGCACCCAUAGCCGAGGAAACGCACGAGGAAGACAGAGAUGCCUCCAACACCGCGUCAUAUUCUGAGGGUGCGGAGGAAGAUGACGAAAUCAGUGCGGACGUUUUGGACGAUGACGAUGAAGAUCGUAGGGAUGAUGAUGAAAUGUACGUUGGUGACAAGGAAGAUGAAACAGAUGAUGAAAAUUCGAGCGACGACGAUGACAGCGGGGAAAAAGCGCCGUAUCAGCUCGAAGAUGUGGAAACUCGUGUGACGGAUUUGAAGCGUGAAGUGAUUGAGUGUCCCGAAAAUGAUGACUUUGUAUCCUCGUUCGAUAAACUCGUUUCGGAAAGCAUUUUGGAACGAUCGAAAGAAACUGCAAAAGUUCCGUCGUCUGUCAAUAUUGCUGUUCCGAUCCACGUGCGGUCCAGCAACAAGCGCAAAACUUACGAACAACUUCAAAAUCCGGAAGUAGAAACGAGCACGAUGAAGUUCGUACUGAUGACUCGGAAGGGCAACAAGCAGCAAUUCAAGGAUAUAAUAGUGCCUGUGGAUUCUGAUUUGGCGAAGAAUCUACGAUCAAGAGAGGAGGUUGAAAGAGCGGAGAAGGAACACAUCAAACGUGUCACACUGGACAUCAAUGAACGGCAGGAACAAGAAGAUUUCAUGGAAAUGCUGCAAGCGGGAGGUGGUGGAAAGAUGAAAACGCUUGAUAACGCGAAUCCGUCUGUGAAACACGUCAGUACUUCUAGAGUGAUCAGCUCAGCGGACGAGGAUGAUUCCUUAGUGGACGAAGUAACACCUGGGGAAAUUUUUGAUCUUAUCCGAAACCUGAACGAUCCCGAGCAUCCCUUGACUUUGGAGCAACUCUCUGUCGUGGAAGAAGACAAGAUACGCAUUACUGGCAAUGUGAUCGACAUCGAGUUCACUCCCACUGUUCCGCAUUGCAGCAUGGCGACUUUGAUCGGACUUUCGAUACGGGUCAAAUUGCUGCGAAGUUUGCCGGACAAAUUUAAGUUUUCUGCUCAGCCAAGUACAACCCCGGGAGAGGCAAAUUUAGUGGAAAUCCUGGAGAAACGAUUUCCGAAAGGUUCAGUGACAGUUCAGGAUAUUUCAGGCGGCUGUGGAUCAAUGUAUGAAGUACAUGUGACGGAUGCUGAGUUCAAAGGGAUGCCUGUAGUCAAGCAGCAUCGUCUUGUGCAAACGAGGUGUUGUGAAAUCAUGAAUCAAACUCUGUCGCCGUUUGUGUAUUGGGCGGAGUCAAAGACUGGCAUUUCUUUAAGAGUGGAUCUCAAAGAUGUUCGGGCAGCUGACGUGUCGUAUGAAGGCAAUGAGCUCAAGUUCAAAGCUAUUGGCCUCGGGGUCCGUGGAACCCAUGAAUACAGUUUUCUUUUGAAGUUGUUCAAGCCUCUUCAGGAUUGUCAGUAUCGGGUUUUGGAUCGUUGUGUGGAGAUCAGCCUCCAGAAAUGUAUACCUGAAUGGUGGAAUCGGAUACUUGAACCGGACCACAAAAAGUUAUCGUGGCUCAAGACAGAUUUUGACAAAUGGCAAUCCGAGGAUGACGAGGAAAUUGAACGACGAGACGUUUUUGAAGAUUAUCCAGAUCUUUAUAACAAGCUCCUUGAAGAAGAAACCGGUAAAAAACUAGUUCGCAAUUCCAGAAAACUCUACCUGUUCAUGUACAACUUGUGGUUGCUUGUUACAUUUGGUUUCAUCUUGGCUACACUGGGAAUCAACUACGCCCAGAACAAAAAUGAAGCGUUAAAAACUUCGUGGGAGGCGAUAGGAUGGCAUAUGAAGAUGAACACCGUAUUCCAGUUUGCGGAGGCGUUACACGCUGCAUUACAAUGGACCAGGGGAAGUCCCUGGAUUUCUUUCAUACAAACUUUCGGGAGAUUUUUCUUCCUUUUCGUCCUCAUCGAUGCUGAGGAACGGAUGCAGAAAUUCCCCGCAGUGUUCUACUUGGUCGUAGUGUAUUCGUUGGUCGAGUUAUUCCGCUACUCGUAUUACAUGUUCCACGUGUACGGGAUACAAUUCGACCUGGUUACAUGGCUUCGGUACACUGUUUGGAUCCCGUUGUAUCCGUUGGGGUUCUGCUUGGAGGCAUUCGUGGCGUUCCGUUCGUUGCCGUUUUUCGAGGAAACGGGAAAGUUUUCCGUUGGUCUGCCAAACGCGUGGAAUUUUGCGUUUCACUUGCCUAGUCUUCUGCGGAUUUACCUCUUGUUCUUCUGCUUUCCAAGCCGCAUCACUUGUGCAGCGAUGGAUCCCGGAGAAGCUUCUCUUGUAGCAAAUUAA